AUGGCUAGUGAUACUUCUUUUCCUCCAAUAGUUCCUAAUCGACAGGUUCGACGACUACAGCGUGAUUUAGACGCAGCAGUUGACAAUCCAUUACCGUUUAUUCGAGAACAAGAAUUAUUAGUUGAUGAUGGUCUUAAUGUGGUGACAGGUAUAAUGACUGGUCCAGAAAAUAGUCCUUAUGCAGGUGGUUAUUUUCGAUUUGUAAUAAAAUUCCCACCAGAAUAUCCUUUCAAACCACCAGAUUUUUUUUUUAAAACUCCUAUAUGUCAUCCAAAUGUUCAUUCAGAAACGGGUAUAGCAUGGCACGAUCAACUUUAUUAUACAUGGGCACCAAAUAUAACACUCAGUCAAAUAUUCACUUCGAUGCAUUCAUUGUUGGCUCAACCGAACUAUAAAGUACCUCUUUCCGAUAAAAAUUUACCUAAUAAAAGUCCAGAAAAAGCUCGCCUAUGGACACAGCAAUAUGCUUAA